AUGUUGACGCGACUUUUCAGCGAGCCCAGCCUGGUCCCCGAAGUCCCGAAAUUCGCCGGUUGGGCCGAGGACUGCGAGGAGGAUGCCCGCAGCGAGAAGGAGGCGCGGGUGGGGAAGGGCUGCUCCCUCCCCGAGGAACCGCACGAGGGUUCUCUUGGGGAGAGCAAGGAGGAAGGGGAGUUAGGCGGGGACGAAGAGGAGGAGGAGGAAGAGGAGGAGGAGGAAGGUUUGGAGGAGGCGGAGGGCGAGCGGCCCAAGAAACGCGGCCCCAAGAAGCGUAAGAUGACCAAGGCGCGGCUGGAGCGCUCCAAGCUGCGGCGGCAGAAGGCGAACGCCCGGGAGCGGAAUCGAAUGCACGACCUGAACGCGGCCCUGGACAACCUUCGGAAGGUGGUUCCCUGCUAUUCCAAAACCCAAAAGCUCUCUAAAAUCGAGACCCUUCGUUUGGCCAAGAACUACAUCUGGGCUCUUUCCGAGAUCCUACGUUCGGGCAAACGGCCCGACCUGGUCUCCUACGUGCAGACUCUGUGCAAGGGGCUCUCCCAGCCCACCACCAAUCUGGUGGCCGGUUGCUUGCAGCUCAAUUCCCGCAAUUUCCUGACGGAGCAGGGUCAGGAGGGAGGCCGUUUCCACGGCCCCAACGCCUCCUUCGCCGUCCACCCCUACUCCUACCCCUGCUCGCGGCUGGCCGCGGCGCAGUGCCCGCCCGCCGCCGGUCCCGGUUCCCACGGGCUGAGGACACACAGCUACUGCGCCGCCGCCUACGAGAGCCUCUACGGCAACGCGUCCCCCGACUACAACAGCUCGGAGUACGACGGUGGGCUCAGUCCCCCGCUCUGCAUCAAUGGUAACUUCUCCCUCAAGCAGGACUCUUCUUCCCCCGACCACGAGAAAAGCUAUCACUACUCUAUGCACUACUCGGCGCUGCCCGGUUCCCGGCCCGCCGCCCACAACCUGGUCUUCGGUUCGGCGGGGAUGCGCGGGGGGGUCCACUCCGAGAACAUCUUCCCCUAUGACAUGCACCUCCCGCACGAGCGGGGCCCCAUGUACGAGGAGCUCAAUACCUUCUUCCACAACUGA